UAAAACAGUCAAGAUUUAGAGCGCACAAAGAGAUAAGAAAUAAAAGGAAUUUAUACACUGUCAGAUACAUGUCCUGAUAUUGAAUAAAAUUGACAGUCGUUUAUUGGCUUACAAUGCAGCUGCCAAUCUUCAUCAUUUUGUUGAUGGUCACAGGCAUAAUUAAAGGUUGUCCGUCGGGAUGGCUGCGACAUGAGAACAAAUGUUACCACUUUAGUCACGAUACUGAAACAUGGUUGGGAGCUAUUGAUAUGUGUUCUUUACUUGGCGGUAAACUUGUCGAGAUUGAAACAGCAACGGAAAAUAGUUACUUGGCAGCUAAUGCUAAACUUUUCAAAUUAGUGUACUGGGUUGGUCUUACUGAUGUCCAGGAGGAGAACAUCUGGGUAUGGAUUAAAAGUAAAGCAAAACUCGCUGACACGGGAUUUAGCAGCUGGGCUCCCAAUGAGCCCAACAACAGCUCCGCUGACGAAAACUGCGUUCUUAUUCGAACGGACGGGUCGUGGAAUGACUAUGGAUGUGCAAAAACACUUCAUUAUAUUUGCGAGGCUGAUAACCAGGAAACAGAAAUUGUUGGCUGACAUCAGCACAAAUGAGUGUUUCUUUGAAGUUACAUGAUUGUACACAAAAUUGCAAAUAUGAGGGAAAAUAAAAAAAAAUGUUUCAUAAGUA